UAACAAAUCACUUAAACAAAUCAGUUGGCGAAGUGCCUCGCCGUUGCCACAGAUUCCACAUCUCGACAGCCCUUCACCACUCGAUAUCCACUUUCCUGUUGUUGACUUGGAAUAACACCUGUCGCCUUUGUUGAAGAGAAACCAUAGUCUUUAGAACACGUACACACUAGAAGCACAAUGAAGUUCGCUAUUACCAUUCUUCUUUCGGCACUCGCUGCUGUCAGCGCUCGAUCAGAAAUCAAGGUUGGAGACACCUUGAAGGCCAACUCCAAAAUUGGCCAGAAACUCAUCAGCAAGGCUCGUCGUUUGGAAAACGCAGAUGAAGAUGUCGAGGCCAUGCAAUGGAUCGCCGAUUACUCCCUCAAGUUCCAGGGAUGUCAUCACCUUGUCCAGUGGAACGAAGAGGCUGACGAUGAACAAGACGUCCGUCUCUUCAAGAAGCGCUUGGUGCGAUUCCGUCUUUGCCCCUCCGACACUUGCUCCGCAUCGGAUGCCGGUGGUUGCGACGAAGGAUACGGAGACUACAUUGUUGACAUGCAAUCCUACCUGCAAUCCUACUACGAGUCCAAGCGUCAAGUGGCCGAGGAGACUUGCGGAGACUACGCCGAGAACUACUGUAAUUGUGAAGGAAAUGGUGAUGACAACUUCAACGAGAACCAAUGCUUCUACGAAUGUAUUGUCGAUGCUGGCAUGACCGACUGUGUGCAGUACAUGGAAGACAACAUCCACGCAGAGGACUUUGAAAUUGACCAGUACAUGGAGUGUGCCCAGUUCGAAUACGAUAAUGGAAACCGUAAGUUGGAGGAAGCCGCUUUCUUUGUUGGACCUUACUGCUCCGAACAAGGAGGAUCCAUCAACCUUGGUAUGUUCUCCGACGAUACUUGCUCCACACCCAUUGAGGACGAGACCUACGGUGCCUACACCUUCCAGCAAAUGACCGGAUUCUCCCUGCCUUACGCCGAGAAGUCCAUUGUCGGAUCUGAGUGCAGCUCUUGUUUGAUGGUCGAUGAAAACGAAGACGGCAACGACAAUGGUGAUGACCAAGAAGUUGAACUCACAGAAGUCUGCGAAAUGGCCUACAUGAAUGCCGGAAAGUGCGAAGUCAACGUCCAAAACUCACAGUACCCCAAUGACAAUGCCUGCAACUACAUUGAAGGAAUCAAGGUCGUCCGUGAAGACGGUAUGGUCUUUUACCAAAAGGCACAUGCCAACGCAGUAACGACUGCUUUCAUUGUCAUCUUUGCCAUGGCUUUCUUCGCCAUGGGCUUUUACGUGUGGUACUUGCGCACACGAUUGAACGUCAAGCCCGAUGCUCUUCUGUAAGCUUCCUCCAGACAAAUAGAUUGGGGACUGUGGCGACCAAGAAGUAUGGCGGCGGAUGACGGGAUGGACGUGAAGUGACGAACGGAUGGUGAAAUUUGGAUGGACUACGAGGUGGAAAUGAUCGGAAUGGAAAUGUGUAAUUUUGCGUUUAUGUAUUUGAAUUGUGAGCAGCGUACCGACAGUUGAAGGCAGGCCGAAACGAGAGCUUGGCUCGUCUUGAUGACUUGUCUUGAACUCGGUGCAAAAGCAAAUGAACCCCUUCACAGGACGCACGCUAGAGUGUUGUUGCCAAGUGUCACAAGAAAAGAGAAGCGAUUGGAAGGUGUGGGGGCUAUCAAUUUAUACGCAAGUAGUAUGGGGAUGGAACCGUAGCCUUGUAGCUAUACCUCCUCUAAUUGAGAGCACUAGUAACAACCAAUGGAUACUAUACAUUUUCUGCCC